AUGUUUUCCAGAUAUGCUGAUCUUGCUGAUUUUUUUCUUAUUUAUGGAGACGGCCUUGUUGAAUCACCGUGGCUGGGCAAAAUAGAUACCAUAAACUUUAUCUAUUCGUCUGUCUGUAAGAAGCGAAACCUUGAGUGGAAAGAGACAUCCGAGAAGUUUCAGGAGGUUUUGAAGAAAUUCAAUGACCUUAGUAAUGGAGCUUUAGAGUUCCGUAAAACAUACGUCAAACCAGGUAUUGAACUUGUCUACGUGAAUAAGUUGAAGGUGGAGAUGUUGAAGAAACAUAUUGCUGGAGAUGGCGUGAAACACGUCUACGUGAAGCCAGUCAACGGGACUUCCAAUAGCAUGGAGGACGUUGUGAAGAAGAUACUUGAGCCUCCGGCUAGUUCUAUUCCUAAUGGACUGGCGUUGCUGCUUAUCGACUGUAACGGCGAAGAAAUCAAACGCCUUCUUGAGAAACCCACCGCGGCUGAGGUGCUAGCAACUGAAAGAGCUAGGCUUUUGACCCCAAGAAAGGCUUUUUAUCUUGCUUGUGAUGACGAUUCUCAUAAUCAAGCGCUUGCUAAGUUGUGUUUCAAUCCCAAAACAUUCGGCCAAAGUGUUCUGGAUUUACCUUCGAAUGCCAAAAUUCGUAAGAUUAUCAAUAACAACAAGACUCAGUUAUCGAAAGCAGUGUUCAAUUGUUCAAAGCUGAAAGUUCAUUACUUACCUUUGCUUACCAACUCUACGGAUGUCACCUUAGGCAAUUGCUCAUACUUGGAUACAUGUCAUAAGCUCAAGAGCUGUCGGUAUCUUCACUUCUAUACGUUGAAUCCACAGCAACAAGAGGAGGACGUGUUGCCGAGCAAGAAUGCUGAGCUUCUCAUGGAAUACACAAUUGGAGAGCCUGGAGUGAUCUUACCAGAAACACCUCCACAAUGGAUCAAUUGUGAUGUCCGCCAACUUCCCUUCUCGGUCUUGGGUAAGUUCGCUGCCAUCAUCUCUGAUCCUGCUUGGGACAUUCAUAUGUCACUUCCAUAUGGUACCUGUAAGGAUGCUGAGCUCUUGUCUUUACCAAUGCAUGAACUCCAGGAUGAAGGUAUCUUAUUCUUGUGGGUAACUGGCCGAUCUAUUGAAAUAGGCCGCAAAGCUCUUGCUCAAUGGGGUUAUACUGUCACCGACGAAAUGAUUUGGGUCAAGCUCAACCAAUUGAGAAGAACUAUUGUCACUGGGCGGACUGGUCAUUGGUUGAAUCAUUCAAAAGAGAACCUUAUUGUUGGUGUUAAAGGAAACCCAAUUUGGCUCAACCGUAAGAUCGACCUUGACUACAUUGUCAGUGGUACUAGGGAAACAUCUAGAAAGCCCGAUGAGCUUUAUGAUAUCGUUGACAGGCUUGUCGGAAAGCAUGCCAGGAAAUUGGAGAUCUUUGGUCGUGACCACAACAUCCGCAAAGGAUGGUUCAGUACGUGUUUCGAAAUUUAUUCAUAUAAGAACAUACUAACAUACAGCAAUUGGGAACCAGUUAACAGGAACCUCAAUCCAUGA